AUGAGCGCCCUUAAUAACUGUGAGAAUUUUGUGAAUAGUUACAACGCACCAGACUUAAAGAUACCAAAAGGUGGCGGAUAUAAGGGAGUUUUAGAAAUGUUGUUGAAAAAAGGUCCUGAUCAACGAUCGACUGCCGAAGCAGCAUUGAAGGGACUGAAACAACAUUCGAUCUAUGCCGAAUUUGUUAAAGCGCCAGAAGGAAAGUUUUACAAAGUGGACGAUGUAUGCGACCUCAGAUUAUCAGAUGACGUUCGACGGGAGCUGGCAAAUGAUGGAUCAGCAUUUGCACAACAACCCGUGACAACAGCCAGUAUAACCACGGCAGCAGAAAAAAUGACAGCUUCAAGCAAUAAAAAACGUAGUGAAUAUCCAUACGGAAAAUAUUGCAAUCGUGCAACACAUCGCAAAGAAUAUGCACAUCCAGAUGAUAAAGAUUAUCUUUCAAGUAUUUCAGCAUCAGCAAGUGUUGCUCCCACCACCGCCGAUAAGCCAAGAGAAGCAACCGGCCUCACUGGUUUCUUAACAACGAAGACAUAUGGUGAGAAACCAUUAUGUCCGUAUGGUGAUAAAUGUCAAAGGCAAAAUGAGAUUCAUCUACGUGAUUAUCGCCAUUAG